AGGAGAGGGACAGAGGGUCUGAGAGGGAUUUAAUAUCCGCUGUUUUCAUAUCCGACCGCGUCCACCUGCUUCUAAACCCCGUUUUUGUUUUUCCUUCUCAGACAUACGCGCUGAUUAGAAGAGAGCGACGCUGCGGCAGAAACACAGCAGAACCGACCGAGGACACGGUUGAAUCGUUGCCUUGUUUUUUUGUUUUUUUUUUUUACUGUUGGAUGGUCGGGAAUAGCGACUGUGCGGGUCGGAAGAGGACUGACUCGUUAACACGGGACUGGUUAAGAUGUGGAGGUUGUGCAGGCUCUCGGUUUUGCUCUCUGUGUUGUUAUAUGUGUUAGUAACGGAGGGCAGGAAGCGGAUGACUCGGUGUCCCGCGAGCUGCACGUGCACUAAAGAUAACGCUCUGUGCGCGAGCAGGUCCUCCAUUCCGCGCAGCUUCCCUCAGGACGUCAUUUCACUAUCCUUUGUGAAGUCUGGCUUCAGUGAAAUUUCCAAGGAGAGCUUCAUUCACACACCUGCGCUGCACCUCCUUCUUUUUACAGCCAACGUGUUUGACUCCAUAAAUGAGGAUGCAUUUCUUGGUCUUCCACAUUUGGAAUACUUAUUUAUUGAAAACAAUCAAAUUAAGUCCAUAUCACCUUUUGCCUUCCGAGGUCUCAAGUCCUUAAUACACUUGAGCCUUGCCUACAACAACCUGGAGUCUCUACCGAAAAACCUUUUUAAGGGUGUGGACACCUUAACUAAAGUGGACUUACGUGGAAAUCUGUUCAGCUGUGAUUGCAAAUUAAAGUGGCUGGUGGACUGGAUUUACCAUACAAACGCAACAGUGGACCAGAUUUACUGCAACAGCCCGGCGUCCUAUCAGGGAAAGAAAAUCAACGAUCUAACCCCACAGUCAUUUGACUGCAUAACUACAGAUUUCUCACUGCUGAGCUCUCUUGAGUUCCAGUCCAUUUCAGUAGAAACAUUUACCUUCGGUGGUGACCAGUACGUGGUGUUUGCUCAGCCUUUCAUCGGACGAUGUAGCUUCAUGGAAUGGGACCAUGUUCAAAUGGAAUUCCGAAACUACGAUAAUAUAACGAGCACGUCCACAGUCAUCUGCAAACCUCUGGUUAUCGACAACCAGCUGUUUGUAGUAGUGGCUCAGCUGUUUGGUGGCUCACACAUCUAUAAACGAGAUAUCUCUGCAAACAAGUUCAUCAAAAUUCAAGACAUUGACAUCCUGAAAAUCCGCAAGCCUAACGACGUGGAGGUGUUCCGUUUGGAAGGCGAAUCCUUCUUUGUCAUAGCCGAUAGCUCCAAAGCAGGCUCUACCACCUUGUACAAGUGGAACGGCAACGGUUUCUACUCACACCAGUCCCUGCACCCGUGGUACCGCGACACGGACGUAGAGUACCUGGAGAUCUCUGGCAAGCCGCACCUGAUCCUAUCCAGCAGUUCCCAACGGCCUGUCGUGUACCAGUGGAACAGGAGCUCCAAGCAGUUCGAGCGGCGCACCGACAUCCCCGAAAUGGAGGACGUCUAUUCCGUUAAGCACUUUCAGGUGAAGGGAGAGCUCUAUAUUUGCCUAACACGCUUCAUCGGAGACUCGAAGGUAAUGAAAUGGGAUGGCGCCAUGUUUAAUGAAGUCCAGAGCAUGCCGUCAAGAGGGUCCAUGGUCUUUCAGCCGUUUGCAGUGGCGGAUUGGCAGUACGCCAUCCUGGGAAGCGACUACUCUUUUACACAGGUGUACCGCUGGGAUGCCAACAAAGAUCAGUUCAUUCACUUCCAAGAGCUCAACAUUCAGGCACCGAGAGCCUUCUCGCUGGUGUCCAUCGAUAAUCGAGAGUUCCUCCUUGCGUCCAGUUUUAAGGGGCAAACGCGGAUCUAUGAACACUUGAUCCUAGACUUGAGUGAUUAAAUGAUAAACGAGAUUUAGCAAAGGACGCAGGUAAACCAGCGAUACUUGCCAUUUCAAGGGGAAAUGGGAUCAAACCAGUGAUACUUUUCAUAUUUUGGGUAAAUGGGGCUUGAUAUGAGUAAACCAAGCAUACAUUCAAUUUUAAGGUUAAAUAGAAAAGGCCAUCUUGGGCUAAAUUCAGGGUGAUACAGAACUUGGGGGUGUUAAGUAAAGGGAGAAAUAUGUCAAUAAUCCAGUUUUACAUGCUCCCUUUCUGGGGCAAAUACGAGAAAUACAGAUAACCCUUACUUUCCAACAUUGGGGUACGUUGUGGAGGGUUGUUGGUUUUUUUCAAAAAGGGGUAGGGUUGGGGUUUGCCAAUAUCGUCAGAAAAACCAGCGAUACCUUCCAGCUAUGGGAUGGAUGGGGUUAGAUUUACAUAAAAUAGUGAUACUUUCCAGCUUUUGUUAAAUGGAAAAUAAACCAGCCAAGAUAUACCAGCCACACUUGCCAGCUAGGAACUACAAAGUGGGGUAAGUUUGAAUGUUUAAACCAGUAAAACUUUCCAGUGUGUGAGUAAGUGUAAGUGGACAGGUAAUACAGGAUACUGUCAAUAGUGGUGCUGUCCAGUUUGGUGGUAAAUUUGAGGAGAUGUAGAUAAACAGGUAAUACUUAAUACUUUAAUCCCUCUGUGGAUUAAAUAGGCGAAAAUACCAAUAAACCAGUAACACUUUUUAGAUUGGGGCAGAUUUGGGGUAAAAAGGGGUUAUUCUAAUUAAACUGUUAAACAGU